GAGUGUGGCACGCAGAGAGCUGAUGGGAGUUGCUGCUGCUGGCUGAACGGCGGUGUCAGCGGCAACAGUUUGAUAUCACCCAUGUACUCAGGAGUAAGGGAUGCUGGGAUGACACCUGGUCUGAUGAUCAGCAAGGCCACUUGUUCCUGAGUCAAAGAUGCAUGCUCCCAUUUUGGAUCCAUCCCUCUGACAAAGACUGAGCUGAUCCUACAUAGUCCCAACCCUACUCCCAAUCACUUUCUACUGCAGUCUGCUGUUCUCUGUUGUACUUUUCCCCAUCCGUUGACCAGGUCUGACCCUCUACAUGCCUGACAGAUAGAGAGAGAAGCAUAAGCAGACAAUUGAAUUAGGCAAUUCAUCCCUGGUAUUUAUGUGGUUUCAGCUGGACCACAUGCUGCAGGGGGGAAACAGUCAUAGUGAGCCAGAGGGAAUGGGCCCCAGUUCAAGUCUUGGAGCUAGAGGGAUGUCAGAGGGUUCACCAUGCUCAGAGUUAAGGAGGGCCUCAUCUCAGUCAGUACCCCCUUCUUUCAGUAAAAUGAGUCAAAAUGCCAGGGAGAACAUGGGGGUUCUUGGUGAGAGUUUGAAGCAACUGUUUCACCAGCAGCGUAAACGUGUCUCCCUCUCUCACUCCACCAUCCCCUCAUCAUCAUCUUCAUCCUCCUCUUCCUCUGUGAUUUCAGCAGCUGGCCAGGGCUCAGCUACUGCAGGCAUGAUAAGGCGUGGGACCAGCCUGCAGAGCCGGCGCAGUAAGGGGUCCGGGAGUGGAGACCGGGAUCCCCUUCUGAAGAGCAGCCCGCAGGCCCCGCAGCGCCGCUACACCCACGAUCCACAGCAGCACGUCAGCCGGCCCCGCUCCUCUUCUACCACCGACACGACACCCAGCAGCCCUGCUCCAGGACACACCGGUGGAGACGUGGUGCUGUCAUCAGGGUACCAGUCAACAGAGGAGACAGACAGGAUUGACCGGCUGGAGGUGAGCGGGUUGGGACAAACACCCCUCGCUGUUUCGUGCGGGACAGACGGUUCAUUCCCAGCGGGUGACGAUGGCACGCCGGACCCUCAGCGCACCAAGCAGGCUAUCGCCCAGCUGCAGCAGAAAAUCCUCAAACUCACGGAGCAGAUUAAGAUUGAGCAGACGGCCAGGGAUGAUAAUGUUGCAGAAUACCUCAAACUUGCCAACAAUGCAGACAAACAGCAAAGCACGCGCAUCAAACAGGUGUUUGAGAAAAAAAAUCAGAAGUCUGCACAGACCAUCCAGCAGCUGCAGAGGAAGCUGGAGCACUACCACCGGAAGCUGCGGGAAGUGGAGCACAACGGCAUCCCGCGGCAGCCCAAGGAUGUCCUGCGGGACAUGCAGCAGGGCCUGAAGGACGUCGGGGCCAAAGUCAGCGGGUUCAGCGAGGGAGUGGUGGACAGCGUCAAGGGAGGCCUCUCCAGCUUCUCACAGGCCACCCACUCCGCCGCCGAGGCCGUCGUCUCCACGCUCAUCCGCAACAAAUACGGCAGCGCCGACAACAUCCCCUCGCUCAAAGACUCGCUGGACGACCCCCCGGCGGAAGACGGGGUGACCGUCGGCGGAGGACGCCCUCUGGGUAACGCCGCCCACCACUUCCAGUCCAGUCCCAGGUAUGGCAGCGAAGACGACUGCUCGAGCGCCACGUCAGGCUCAGCGGGGGCAAACAGCACCACGGGGGCACCCGGAGGCCCCCCAAGCUCCAAGGGCAACACACUGGAGAGGAGCCAGGGCUCCGGCCUGGACAUGCUGCUACAGGAGAUGCAGGAGUUGAGGGAGGGUCAGGCGAGGUUGGAGGAGAACCUAGACAGUCUGAAGAGCCACUAUCAGAAGGACUACACUGUCGUUAUGCAAGCACUGCAGGAGGAACGCUUCAGGUGUGAACGCCUGGAGGAACAGUUGAACGACCUAACAGAGCUGCACCAGAACGAGAUCCUCAACCUCAAACAGGAGCUGGCCAGCAUGGAGGAGAAGAUUGCCUACCAGUCCUAUGAGAGAGCCAGGGACAUCCAGGAGGCGUUGGAAGCAUGUCAGACCAGAAUCUCUAAGAUGGAGCUGCAGCAGCAGCAACAGCAGGUCGUCCAGUUGGAGGGGCUGGAAAAUGCCACGGCGCGGACCCUCCUGGGAAAACUUAUCAAUGUGCUGCUGGCCCUUAUGGCCGUCCUUCUGGUCUUUGUCUCAACUGUGGCCAACUGCGUGGUCCCCCUGAUGAAAACACGGUCCCGCUCCCUCUCCACGCUAAUUCUCGUCCUCCUGUUGGCCUUCCUGUGGAGAAACUGGGACGCUCUCUCCGGGUACACGCACCGCGCUCUGCAGCCGCCGGGAUGACCGCGUUGAUGCCGCCACGUGUUGCUUUUCGUGUCGCCGGGUGAUGAGACUGUUGUCGCAGUCCCGCAGGAGGGCUUUGAAGAAUAUUGCAUUAAAGCCGCUGUGUGGCCGUGCACGCUGAGCACGUUCAGACGCAGCCUGAAAUCAAAAUAAAGAGGGGGAAAACAAAACUGGAGUGGAGUAAAGAACACUCGUUUAGGAAGGAAAAGACUGUUUACAUUUAUUUUAAUGAUGCGGUGGUGUCCCUCGCAGGAUGCAGCCUUGUACUGUUUUUUAUCUUUUUAGAGUUGAAUCAAUUAUUAUGUUAUUUCUAAUAAUAUUAUUAUUUUUAAAUGUUAUUUUAUUCAGUACCAUGUAGCAUUAUGCUCCUCUCUACAUGGAGGGGAGGUUAGUCAGGAAACUGGGCUGGCGACUCACCCCCACAAAAGUCCAGUCUAAUUUUAGAGACGUGCAAAUGUGAGAAUGGGCUUGAUUGGUUUUAGGAAGAGAACUUUUACCGGUUUGUUAUUGGUAGAUUUGAACCUUUGCUAAAAACUUACCUGGGACUUGCUCCUUUUCUUGCUGUGAUGAAUUUGUUCAGAAAGAGAACUGUUUGAAGGACUGACCAUGACUUCUGUGCAUCAUAAAGAUGUUGUGCUUCCUUAGCUUUUCUAAUAGCAAAGAUUGGUUGCUUUUAAUUAAUUCAUCUUUCAUGUAAAAAAAAAAUAGAAAAAACAUUGGUUUGUGCAGAUUAUGAAUGACAGAUGAUCUAAGAAGCGGAAAGCCAAUGACAUGCUGCUCACCGUAACAAAAGGAGCAAAAAGACUGAGAGCAUCUGGUCAUUGUCAGGCAUCUGCCAUGUUUGAAACAUGUCCGCGGUGCUGCAUGCUGUCAUUAAGAAAAUUACACACAAACCAAUUCUGCUUUUAAAAGCAAUGACAAAGCGCUAUUGUCCAUGUAAAAUCAAUUUGCCUGGAUAAUUGCCUCCGACCCGCCAUAUUUGAUGUGAUCAAUUUAGGGAAAAGGAGACCGCUGGUAGCUGGUCCAGCUCCGCCUCAGUGGGAUCAGGGAUCACGCUGCUUCAUAUCUACGGUGCAAGUCGUUUCCACUGCCUCGCAGAUGCACACUGCUUGUUAUGCGAUACUGUUGGAGCACAUUCUCUCCUCGUAUUAUCUUUAUGGUUGUCCUGAACCCUCUGUCUGAAGCUGUAACCACUCAGUGCCAAACUUUAAAAAACAGGGACGUCUGACGGUGGAGAAAGAAAGCGUUGCUCUUCUUUCCACUCACUUUGUGAAUGUAUGUUUGCGGGACAUGAAAGCUCUUGUUGGGAGAUGUAGUUUUUGAAAUUGAAGAAAGCUGUUCACUGCACAUGACCUUAAUUCAAAUGUUCAGUUGUUUUCUUUCUUUUUUUUUUAUUUUUUGCACCUUGUCAUCGUUGAGUCCAAUUCACUGGCUUGGCAAAUGGCCUUUGUCAUACUUUUACCCAGUUGAUUUGAUCCAGUCAAGGGCACAUCGAUUAGUCCACUCUGUAUUUCAUGCCUAGAAGCUGAUUGAUCGCUCGGCCAUUUAAACUGUACAGCUGCACUUUAGCAUGACGACAUAUAGGUCAGACUGAGAAGAAAAGCUUUGAUAGGGACUACAAAGAUGGUCACUCUUUGGGAGUCUGCCCUCAUCGCGGGUCAGGAGGAAGAGUUGACUCAGGUCAGGAUCAUCUUUGUGUAAACAACUGAACUAACACAGAAGAGGUUGGAACUGUUUUUGGUCACAAUGGGAGUAAACUUGACUCUGCUCAAGUCAAGCAGGAAGUAAAAACUGUAUUUGACGAGUACAGGAGGCAAGUUGACAUUAAGCUGACUGAACCUUGCAUGUCCUUUCAGUAACACCUGUAAUGUAGGGUUGUGUGCUAAACCACUUCAGUGCCUUCUGAUGUCCUUUUCUAAGUGUGGAAUAAAUAAAGUGCAUUCCCAACUAA